AUGAAAGGCUUUCUCCUAGCUUCCCUCGCGGCCUUGGCCGUUGCCGCACCCAGCAGCAAAAAACAGCGUGCAGCUCCUGUCACUGCUCAACAACUCAAUAACUUCAAGCUGUAUAUGCAGUGGUCAAGCGCCUCACACUGUGCCAACGAAGCUCCUAUCGGGUCGGUUGUCACUUGCACUGACAACCAAUGCUCCAUGUUCCAAAGCCACAAUGCUACGGUGGCUGCCACCUUCAUUGGCUCUAUCCUCGACAUGAGAGGCUUCCUGGGCAUCGAUGAUGUUGACAAGAACAUCGUUCUGUCCUUCAGGGGCUCUACCUCCUGGAGAAACUGGAUCGCCGAUGCCAUCUUCGUCCAGACACCCUGCGAUCUCACUCCCGGGUGCCUCGUCCACGCUGGUUUUUAUGCUUCCUGGCUCGAGAUCAAGAACUCUGUGAUCGAUGCUGUCAAGGCUGCCAAGGCUGCUCACCCCAACUACAAACUCGUCACAACCGGGCACUCCCUCGGCGCCGCCGUCGCCACCCUUGCAGCCGCCACCCUCCGCAAGGCCGGUAUUCCCAUUGAGCUGUAUACUUACGGCUCGCCGCGCGUCGGCAACAAGGCCUUUGCCGAGUUUGUCACCAAUCAGGCUGGCGGCGAGUACCGCUUAACCCACAGCGCCGAUCCCAUCCCGCGUCUGCCCCCCAUCAUCUUCAACUACCGCCACACAAGCCCCGAGUACUGGUUUGACGAGGGCGAGGAUGGCGUUGUGACAGUCGAUGAGUUCCAGAUCUGCGAGGGCUAUGCCAAUGUCAACUGCAACGCUGCCACAUCGGGCUUCAACAUGGACCUGCACGGGUGGUACUUUCAGAAUCACCAGGGCUGCUCCCUUGGCUACACACCUUGGCGUGCGGUCAAGGAGCGCGAGUUGAGCGAUCCUGAGCUUGAGGCAUUAGUGAAUAGGUUUGCCGAGAUGGACAAAGCAUAUGUGGAGAACCUGAACCUGGAGGGCUUGGAGCCUUGA